ACUAGUUCAUGUCGUGAACAUCAUGAAGACAGUGCUUUGCUUAGUGAUUUUCUCGCUGCUGAGCUUGAAAACUCUGGGAGUUAUUUACGAAGAUGAAGAGCAGACUGCGAGCAAUUUUUCGCAUGUUUUGAAGGGGCUCAUGAGUGAUUAUGAUGCUCGACUUCGCCCGAAUUUUGGAAGGGGUCCCCUUUAUGUUGGAAUGGACAUCGUAAUCGCCAGUUUCGACUCAAUUUCUGAAGUAAACAUGGAUUUCACGAUAACAAUGAACUUGAACCAAUAUUGGAAGGACGAAAGACUUUCCUUCAGUUCUGAAAACGAGGUAUUCACUCUGGCCGGGGACUUUUCCGAGAAGAUCUGGGUUCCCGACACCUUUUUCCCAAAUGACAAGCACAGCUAUCUGCAUGAUGUGACGGAGAAAAAUAAGAUGGUCAAGCUACAUGGAGAUGGAAGCAUAGCAUACGGAAUGAGGUUCACCACAACCUUGUCCUGCAUGAUGGACCUCCAUUAUUAUCCUCUGGAUUUCCAGAAUUGCACCAUCGAAAUUGAAAGCUAUGGUUAUGCAGAAGAAGAUGUUGCAAUGUACUGGAAAGAACAGCCAGCCUCAGGAUUGGAGAGCCUGGAGCUCCAACAAUUCAGCAUCAUUGAUUACAGAGCAAUUGACAAGAAGAUCAAGUUGGCAACAGGAACAUAUCAGAGACUCAGCUUCAGCUUCAAAUUGAGCAGAAGUAUUGGGUACUUCAUCAUUCAGACUUACUUGCCUGUGAUGCUCAUUGUGAUGCUCUCAUGGGUUUCCUUUUGGAUCAAUCAUGAGGCAACACCUGCCAGAGUUGCUUUGGGUAUCACAACAGUUUUGACAAUGACUACCAUCAGCACGGGAGUGAGGUCGUCUCUCCCAAGAAUUUCUUACGUUAAGGCAAUUGACAUAUACUUGGUGAUGGGAUUUGUGUUUGUUUUUGCUGCUUUACUUGAAUAUGCAGCAGUGAAUUACACAAAUGCCUGCAGAAAUGCAAAAAAGCAAAAGGCCGCUUUAGCUGCAGAAGUGGCCAAGAAGAAAAAAGAAGCAGAAGAAGCAAAGAAAGCUGAGUUGGAGUGA